AUGCUGGUAUUUGGUGUGUACAUAAUGGUUGCCAUCUAUUGGUGCCUGACCCAUCUUCAAACAUCCACCGCCAGUCCUGUGGUCAAUUCCCCUUCCACCGGAUUCAAUUAUGCCAUUGUCGUAGACGCCGGUAGCAGUGGAAGCCGCAUAUUUGUUUAUUGUGUGGACACCGCAAAUUCUCCCCCAGGCGAAAUCCCUGUUAUUACUUUGUGUCAAGAUGCGGCCGGCAACGCUAUUGUGAAGAAAAAGACUCCCGGACUUUCUUCCUUUGCUGGCAAGGCCGCAGAAGUGCAGCCAUACAUAUCAGACCUCAUAAAGACGGCUUCAGACUACAUACCGACUGCAGCCCACUCAUCAACACCCCUGUACAUUUUGGCAACGGCUGGCAUGCGCCUGCUGACCGAGGCUCAGCAGAAUGCCAUCUGGGUCUCUGUUCGCCAGACCAUUAAAACCAAAUUCGCCUUCAAUUUUGAGGAUGACUGGGCUCAGACUGUUUCUGGCCUCUAUGAGGCUCUAUUUGGUUGGACAACUGUAAACUACUUGCUUGGAAGGCUCUCAGGUAUUGUCACCCCUUUUAUCGUUGCCUCCUCCUCGUCCUCCUCCCCCUCGUCCUCCUCCUCCUCCUUGCCCUCUUCAUCCUUUGAACUAACUCAGGACGUGCCGAUUGUUCCGAUUUAG